AUGUUUCAAUUCCGAAGAUCAGCAAGGACAGCCACACUGUUUUUCGUGGCAACUCUCCUCCUUGCCGUUAUUACCUGCUCAUCCAUUCAUGCUCAACUCGCUUCCACAAUUCCAGGAUCAUCUCCUCAAGUCGAACAACAAUCCUCCAUUCAAUUCGGAGCUGAAUCUCUCCAUGCCGGUGCUGUGGUUCCCAACAACAAGACUAUGGUAUUAUCCAAUGGAGGAUCUUCUCCUUUGGAACAUCAAUCGGAUUUGUUUAUGAGAAAAAUUCCAUUCGAUGAUCCCAAGCACGUUCAAGAAUUGGCUCAAUUAUUGAGUAGUAGAAAGGCCAGAAAUUUGAAGAGAGUGGUUUUCAAUAAGAAUGGGCCUGAGAAGGAAAAUCCCAAUGUCCUCGAUUCGGAAAUGUUGGGAAUUUUGAUUGAGAAUGGAUUUUUGAAACAAGAGGCAAAUUCUUCUCAACUCGAAGUGAUUGGAAUUACUUCGAAUAAUAUUACGGAUGAAAGUUGUUUGAUUUUGAGCAAGUUAAUUUUCAAGAAGGACAGUGUUGUGAAAAAGUUGUACUUGUAUAAUAAUAAUCUCCAAGGAUCGAAUUGUUUGAGAUUGAUUUUCAAUCCAAUAUUGAGCAGUCAAAGUAUCGAUACCAACAAGAUGACCAUUCCACCUCUCUCCAAGAUUGUUAUUUUACACAACAAUAUUGGUGAUGAAGGUGUGAAAAUUGUGACACAAGUCGCUCGAUCCAUUCCAACCAUUCGUGAUUUGAUUUUGAAGAAAGUUGGCCUCGGAGAAGAUGGUUUAGUGGACUUUGAAAAUGACAAGAUUACUCCUAGCCCAUUUUCUGUGUUUAUGGAAGCUGUUGAAAAGAGUCAAAUGCAAAUAUUGAUUAUUAAUGAAAUUGGAUUGAAAGGAAAAGAUUUUGUCGAUCCACUCAUCAAGCUCAUCAAAAACAAUAAGAGUAUUCGAAAGAUUGAUUUGAGUGACAAUCGAAUUGGUGAUUCUGGUGUGAAAAGUGUUAUGAAUGCCCUUUCUGAACCCAUUUCUUCUGAAGGAGGUUCCCCUACUUAUCCAUUCCUUUCCAAGAUUGAUCUCUCCAAUGUUGGUCUCACUGGUGAUGGUAUUCGUGCCAUUAUUGACGCUGUGAAAAAGAAUUCCUCUCUGAAAAAGGUCUAUAUUUAUCGAGUGGAAUUUUUCUUUGAAGAUCCAACGAUUGAAGCAGAAGUGAAACAAUUAGGAAAGGUGAUCAAAUCGGAUUUCAUUGAUGAAGAUGUUGUAACCACUUCGAAUAAUAGUGGUGAUUCUCAAGAAGAGAAUGCUUCUAAUGAAGAUGGUGAAGUCAUGGAUGAUCAACAAGAAGCACAAGAAGAGGAAGAAGAAGAGGAAGAUAAUGCCACUGAAGAGGAAUUGAAGGCACAUCCAUUGUUUAGUGCUACUCCAGGACAAACUAAGAAGGAUGAAUUGUAA